AUGACGGCGCAGGCCAACGCGCCAAAAGCGCCAGCCAGGGAUCCCCGGACAGCACCGCCUCGGGAUCGCUCUCCUGACGUUGUCAUCACAAAAGACGUGACCAUCAUGCCAUCCGCAAGAGAACAGCUAGCAGCAAUAAGGACGGAAGUUCAAGCAAAUGACGCACCGAAGCUGACAGCACCACACGAGCAGCGGGAGCAGCUCGACGAAGGAACGCUAAUGCUGCUAGAGACCGCCAUCACCGCGCUGGAUGCGAACGAACCCCAGCUGGCCGUCGCGGGAGAAUGCCUCAAGAUCGCUCACCGCCGCCUUAAGUGCUACUCCGUUGCUCUGGCCAAGGCGGGCCCAGGAGCCAACGGUAAUUUCACGGCCCCCUACGAAAUCUGGCACGGCAGGCGGCGCAACUUCACCAAGCCCGAGUUCAAACCAGAGGCCAUAGAUAAGGGCGACAUAGAGAGUGCAUUAGCUAAAACGCGCAAGUCGGUGGCGGCGGACAGGGACGUGGACGCAGUCAUUAAUGCUGCGUUUAGUUGUCUAGUGCUGUGCGUCAGUUCUUUCGGCCGUGCCGGUGUGGCCGCGCUGGACAGCGCUGCGCGCGCUCAGACCGCGCCGUGUGGCGCUAGACCGCGCUUCGGCGCACACGCGCCCUGGCGCUCCGAGAGCAGCAAUUAGUACUCUGCAGUAGUGUAAGGCCCUUGGCAGCCCCGGUUUCGCCUCGCCCUGUCCUAUCCGACACCCCGAACGCAACCGUACAGCAAGCCAUGAAGGCUAUAGGACAUAA